AAUAAAUUAAUUAGUUGACAGGUCUGAAACUAAUUCUAAAUGAACUGCUUUGGAAGUAAAGCAAACGAAAACUGCAAUAUAUGUUUUUACGGGUGGUCAACGGCGUAUUUUUAGAGUUGUAUAUAUCGGACCACAAAAAUCUACACCACAUAUAAGAAAGGGCCGUAGUGCUCGAAGUCUUUCGACUGGCGAAUUUCCCAUUAUUUGGUUUUACAACUUCGGCUUGUAAUGAAAACAAUGUAUACAGUUUCUUACGGUUCUACUGCAAGCUUCUCGGGCAUUAAUUAGCCAUAUGCGUUCUCGAAGAAGCGCAACCAACGCUUUAGCCCCGCGUGGUGAUUUCGAAUAUGCAGGAACCAUAUUUAAGUUAUAACGAAGUGCGAACUUUUAUUUAAUAAAAGCGGAAAUUGGCAUCGUAUGGGAGAGGUGCAUUUAAUAGGCGACCUCCUACUCGGAUUAAUUUGAAUGACAGCGACAUAUCCGAGUACUCAUGCAAAAACGGGUUGAGUUUUUGCAAGUUUGCGGGUAGCGUGGUACCUUUAUGCAAUUUUUGAAUAACAUCCGAAAAUUCUGAAGUUGGACCACCUGUGCAAUUUUUAGAAAACUCAAGUUUAGCUCUUCUGAAGUCAGAUCUUGUCCCCUGGAGGAUUUUGGUGGUCGCCUGAUCCGUCGUAAUAUAUAUGCGACCACACGAAGCAAUUUUUUAUGAGAAGAGAAUUUUUCAAUGAGGUCCAAUAUUGAAUUUUUCUCAGCAGUCGAAAUUAAUGUAACUGUAGUUUUCUUCUUCUCUAAUGCUUCGUCUUCUGGUAAGAGCUGGAAGUGGUUAUUAAUUGGCCAUAAUGUAGGAUCUUCUAGGAGGAACUGUGGACCGCCAAACCAUAUUGAAUUAUUCAAUUCGUCCACGUUACAACUUCGAGACACUUGAUCCGCAGGAUUUUGUUUCGUUGCUACAUGUCGCCAAUGUACUUUGUCAGUCAACUCUUGGAUUUCGGACACUCUGUUUGCGACGAAGGUUUGUCGUGAAGAUGAAUGUGUUUUAAUCCAAUGUAAAACGAUUUCAGAGUCUGUCCAAAAUGUAAUAUUUUCGAAAUGUCGACUCAACAUAGGCGCUACUCUUGUCCACAAUUUCGAAGAAGAAAAUGCUGCCGAGAGCUCGAGACGCGGAAGAGAUUUGGUGUUCAGUGUAGCCACUCUAGACUUUGCAGUAAGCAGCAUGCAUUUAAUACCACUACCAGAUUGGCUUCGUAUGUAUAUGCAGCAUCCGUACGCCCUUAUUGAGGCGUCGGAGAAGCCAUGUAUUUGGCAGAUGGCACUCGACUCAACGCGAAUGCUUAUCGAUGAGAGCUGCAUUGGGUUGGCUUUAAAGUUCUGCCAGCUAGUGUCAAGGCGCAAUGGAAUCGACUCAUCCCAAUGUAGUUUUUGGAUCCAAAGCUCUUGCCAUAAGAUUUUUGCUUUGGUAACUAGCGGGGCUAGUAAUCCAAGAGGAUCAAAAAGGCGAGCAGAAACUGGCAAUAUGUUUCGUUUAGUGGCUCGCAGAUCAUUAAAAUUCUCAUCUAAAAUAAAUCGAAACAAAUCCUCUUUCGGCAACCAAUGGAUUCCUAAUGUUUUAGUGGAACUUUUGUCAUUGAAGCUUAAUGACUUUUCAGUGCAAUCACUGUCGAAAAAUUUAGGGUGGUUCGAAAACCAUUUCGUUAAGGUGAAUCCGGCCGAGUUUAAUAUUUGAAUUACCUCACUUCUCAAAAGAUCUAGAGACUCAAAAUUUUCGGACCCUGUUAAUAAAUCAUCAACAUAAAAGUCUCUUUUGUUGGCCAAUGAACCGAAUGGAUAUUACAUUGUAUUGGCAUCACUGAGCAUUUGCAAACACUGUGUUGCGAGAAAUGGAACAGGCGCAGUGCCGUAUGUUACGGUGUUAAGACGAAAAAUUCGAAUUUGCUCAGAAGGAUGCUCUCUCCACACAAUAAGCUGUCAUUUUCUGUCUUCUUCGUGCAUAAUUAUUUGACGGUAAAUUUUAGUAAUAUCCGCAGUUAUGUAUGCACUUAUGUAAGCGAAAACGAAGAAGAGUUGAGUAUAACUCUUCUUGGAUGGUUUGAUCUACCAUCAAAAGUUCAUUCAACGCUAUUUGAGUUGAAGAUCGACUCGAAGCAUCAAAUACAACACAUAAUUUGGUUGUUGUGCUCUCGGGCCUUAAAACGCAUUGAUGCGGAAUGAAGUAGUGUGGCUCACUCGGGAUCUUAUUGUUCGUUGGGCUCAUGUGACCCAAUGCUCUAUAUUCAUUCAUAAAGUCCAGAUACAUUUUGCGAAGUUCUGGAUCUUUUAAUGUCCUUCUCUCCAGGGCCUGAAACCGCCGAGCUGCGGUUUCAUAGGAGUGACCGAGUAACUUACGGUCAGCUUUAAAAGGCAUUCUGACGUGAAGCCGUUCUGAAGGCAAUACUUGAGUUGUAUUUACGAAAAAGUUUUCACACUCUUGUUGCUUUGGUGUGAAUUUGAUGCCAUUUGAUUCUGAAGGUAAUUCUUCUAGAGCCCAAAAUUUUUGGACUACUGAAUCGAUUGACGUUAAGUCUUCUUCAGCUUGGCAUAAUGUGCUAUGUAAUUUGGGAGGAGAACUUAGAUUGCUGACGUACUUGCCAGAUACAAUCCAUCCUAAAAGGGUUUUCUGAAGUGUUGGUUGGUUAGGACCAUUUUUAAUUUGGCCAACAACUAAAAGGUCGAAAAAUGUUUCAGCACCCAAUAGAAUAUCCACUUUCUUAGAUUUGUGGAAUUCUGGAUCCGCCAAUUCAAUAUUGUGCGGAAUUUUUCAGCCACUAACAUUGAUGGAGGAUGCAGUCAUGUGUAGAAGUUCACGCAAGUGAGAAAAGUUCUCUGAUCGCCAUUCACUUGGGAGUGGCCAGAAACGACUCUUUUGCAUAUGACUCAAGCAGCUCACGACUUCCGGUCUUUGACCAAGUAUACUCUGGGUAGCCUAAGAACAUCCGUUUGAAGGCGGGCUAAAGUGAGAAGGCGCAACAUCCCCUGCAUAGGGUUGUGCGCUGGGUUUGGGACCCGCCACGUAAAAAAACACCCCCAAUGAAAAGGAACAACAAGCCUCGGAUGAGUGACCCCCCUUUUGAUGACGACCAUGGCAAACGAAAUAAGGACUACGAAUUGAGGGCAUGCACCUGGAAUGUCCUGUCCCUUAAUUGGGAAGGUGCCGCUGCCCAGCUGGUUGAUGUCCUCGUGAAAAUAAAGGCUGACAUCACCGCCGUCCAAGAAAUGCGAUGGACGGGACAAGGACAUAGACAAGUAAGUCCUUGUGACAUUUACUACAGUGGCCAUAUAAAGGAGCGCAGGUUUGGUGUGGGAUUCGUGGUGGGAGAGGGACUCCGUCGCCGAGUACUAUCAUUCACUGCGGUGAAUGAACGUCUAGCCACAAUCCGCAUCAAGGCGAGGUUCUUCAACAUAUCGCUGAUUUGCGCCCACGCCCCGACGGGAGAGAAGGACGAUGUGACCAAAGAUGCCUUCUAUGAGUGCUUGGAGCGCACUUAUGAGAGAUGCCCCCGCCACGAUGUCAAAAUCGUGCUUGGCGACUUUAACGCCAGGGUGGGAAAAGAAGGUAUCUUUGGCACUACGGUCGGUAAAUUCAGCCUCCACGACGAAACAUCCCCAAAUGGGUUGAGGCUGAUCGACUUCGCCGGGGCCCGAAAUAUGGUUAUCUGUAGUACUAGAUUCCAGCAUAAGAAGAUACAUCAAGCUACCUGGCUGUCUCCGGAUCGAAAAACCACCAACCAGAUCGAUCAUGUUGUGAUAGACGGAAGACACGUCUCCAGUGUUUUAGAUGUGCGUGCGCUCCGAGGUCCUAACAUCGACUCGGACCACUAUAUUGUUGCAGCCAAAAUUCCCACCCGCCUCUGUGCAGCAAAAAACGCACGCCAACAAACACAAGGAAGGUUCGACGUCGAGAAGCUGCAAUCACAACAGACAGCCGAACGUUUUUCUACUCGGCUUGCACUUCUGCUCUCUGAGAGCACUCAUCAACAACUCGGUAUAAGGGAACUGUGGGACGGCAUUUCAAACUCCUUACGUACAGCUGCAACCGAAACCAUUGGUUUUCGGAAAGUGCAAAAGAACAGCUGGUACGACGAGGAGUGCCGUGUCGCAGCGGAGAGAAAACAGGCUGCCUACCACGCAACGUUACGAUCGACCACAACACGUGCGGGAUGGGAUAGAUACCGAGAGUUGAAGAGGGAAGCGAGACGCAUUUGCAGACAGAAAAAGAAAGAGGCUGAAAUGCGUGAGUACGAACAGCUUGAUAAGCUGGCCGACAGGGGUAAUGCUCGAAAAUUCUACGAAAAAAUGCGGCGGCUUACAGAAGGUUUCAAGACCGGAGCAUACUCUUGUAGAACCCCCAAAGGUUAUCUAGUUACCGAUGCCCAGAGCAUACUUAGAUUAUGGAGGGAACACUUCUCCAGCCUCCUGAAUGGCAGUGAACGCAUAACACCAGGAGAAGGUGAACCCGAUUCCCCAGUCGAUGACGAUGGAGCAGACGUUCCAUUACCCGGCCAUGAAGAAGUUCGAAUAGCAAUUGCCCGUCUGAAAAACAACAAAGCGGCAGGGGCCGAUGGAUUGCCGGACGAGCUAUUCAAACACGGCGGCGAGAAGAACUGAUAAGGAGCAUGCAUCAGCUUCUUUGUAAAAUAUGGUCGGACGAAAGCAUGCCCAACGACUGGAAUUGAAGUGUGCUAUGCCCAAUCCAUAAAAAUGGAGACCCCACAAUCUGCGCCAACUACCGUGGGAUUAGCCUCCUCUACAUCGCAUAUAAGGUUCUGUCGAGCGUAUUGUGUGAAAGAUUAAAGCCCACCGUCAACGAACUGAUUGGACCUUAUCAGUGUGGCUUUAGACCUGGCAAAUCAACUACCGACCAGAUAUUCACCAUGCGCCAAAUCUUGGAAAAGACCCGUGAAAGGAGAAUCGACACACACCACCUCUUCGUCGAUUUCAAAGCUGCUUUCGACAGCACGAAAAGGAGCUGCCUUUAUGCCGCGAUGUCUGAAUUUGGUAUCCCCGCAAAACUGAUAUGGCUGUGUAAACUGACGUUGAGCGGCACCAAAAGCUCCGUCAGAAUCGGGAAGAACGUCUCCGAGCCGUUCGAUACCAAACGAGGUUUCAGACAAGGCGACUCCCUAUCGUGCGACUUUCUCAAUCUGCUGCUGGAGAAAAUAGUUCGAGCUGCAGAACUUAAUCGAGCAGGUACAAUCUUCUAUAAGAGUGUACAGCUGCUGGCGUAUGACGAUGAUAUUGAUAUCAUCGGCCUCAACACCCGCGCCGUUAGUUCUGCUUUCUCCAGGCUGGACAAGGAAGCAAAACGAAUGGGUCUGGCAGUGAACGAGGGCAAGACGAAAUAUCUCCUGUUAUCAAACAAACAGUCGUCGCACUCGCGACUUGGCACUCACGUCACUGUUGACAGUCAUAACUUUGAAGUUGUAGAUAAUUUCGUCUAUCUUGGAACCAGCGUAAACACCACCAACAAUGUCAGCCUAGAAAUCCAACGCAGGAUAACUCUUGCCAACAGGUGCACUUCGGACUGAGUAGGCAAUUGAGAAGCAAAGUCCUCUCUCGACAGACAAAAACCAAACUCUAUAAGUCACUCAUAAUUCCCGUCCUGCUGUAUGGUGCAGAAGCUUAGACGAUGUCAACAGCGGAUGAGUCGACGUUGCGAGUUUUCGAGAGAAAAAUUCUGCGAAAGAUUUAUGGUCCUUUGCGCGUUGGCCACGGCGAAUAUCGCAUUCGAUGGAACGAUGAGCUGUACGAGAUAUACGACGACAUUGACAUAGUUCAGCGAAUUAAAAGACAGCGGCUACGCUGGCUAGGUCAUGUUGUCCGGAUGGAUGAAAACACUCCGGCUCUGAAAGUAUUCGACGCUGUACCCGCCGCGGGAAGCAGAGGAAGAGGAAGACCUCCACUCCGUUGGAAGGACCAAGUGGAGAAGGACCUGGCUUCGCUUGGAAUAUCCAAUUGGCGCCACGUAGCGAAGAGAAGAAACGACUGGCGCGCUAUUGUUGACUCGGCUAUAAUCGCGUAAGCGGUGCCUACGCCAGUAAAGAAGAAGAAUAGUCUAUUAUUGACAGUGUUAACGUCAAUUAUCAGUGCAAGGGAAAAAUCGG